CUUUUAGAGAUAUGUUAUGUUUUAUGUUUGCUUAUUUGUUUGUUUGAUUUUUUGACAAAUGAUCUUUCUGAGUUUAUUAAGAUUCUGAGUUUCCUGUAUGCGGGAUUACAGUCAGAAAUAUGGAAACCUAUCUUGUGCAAUAUCUGGUUAGCACAAGAAUGAUUACUUUUAAGUACCCAAACCAUGUAUUUUGAGAAGAAUUGUUUCAAAUGGGAUUUAUGGUAAAAUUAUUUAAAACACUGCAUUUGUUUAGGGUAGCACAGAUUCAAUUGAUAAAUUAGAGGAGUGUAAAAUAAAAGCUUGAAGUAAAGCAAAUUCAAGGAAUGUUUGAGAUAAACAUUAGCUCUCUACUCUCCAGGAAAACAUUACUAUGACCUUUCCUCUUGGCUUCUGUGUUAAGGCUUGUAAUUCACUAAUACUUUACAAGAGAAAAUUAUUCUGAUGUGAACAACACAGAGAAACAAGUGAUUAAUGGACAUUCACAGUACCAGGUUAUCUGAGAAGUGUGUCAAGGACUUUCCUUUGGGUGAGACAUGUCAAAAAACAUAGUCAUUCCACUCCUAAUAAAAGGUAGCUUAGACUAAGAGUGGUGCUAUCAAAAUAAAUAACUUUGGGUGUGAAAAAAAAACACAAACUGAUAGUCACUUGGCUGCCCUUCAAAGAGGUGAGAGAGGGUGAUGUUUCUGAGUUCUCAAAAUUUCAAAGGGGAGAGAGAAUUUUUUAAAAAUCUAACUCAUUGAUAAAGAAAAUCCAUAAAAUAUAAAGCUUCUAUUGCUGUGAACCCAAUUUUAUUGAAAUUUAGAAUCACUAGGAUCAUCAAUCAGUGGUUUUUAAUGAUCAUCAAUCAGUGGUUUUUAAGGAAGAGUCAGAGAGUGGAUUAUUCCAAACUAAUUCCCAAAUGGUCAAAAUAUGUGCCAUGCAUUGGCUUCCUACACAUUUGUCAGGAAACAAAACAACUUGUAUAAUGGUGUUCUCUGUCUUCUCUGCAGACCUGGGAUUCAUGAACAAUUCAGUGAAAAGCACUGUGACCGAAUUUGUCCUUCUAGGCUUCCCUAGUGGCCAGGAGAUGCAAAUUUUCCUCUUCUUCCUGUUCUUUGGGGUCUAUAUAUUUACCAUGAUGGGAAAUGGCACCAUUAUCUGUGCUGUGAGGUGGGACCAACGACUCCACAUCCCAAUGUGUAUUCUCUUGGGGAACUUUGCUUUCCUUAAAAUCUGGUACAGUACCUCCACUGUGCCUAGUAUGCUGGCCAAUUUCCUUUCAGAGACAAAAACCAUCUCUUUUGUUGGCUGUUUCCUGCAGUUCUAUUUUUUUACUUCCCUUGCUACAACUGAAAUAUAUCUCCUCUGUGUCAUGGCAUAUGACCGGUACCUCGCCAUCUGCCACCCAUUGCACUACCCAACCAUCAUGACCCUACGACUCUGCUAUAUCUUGAUGUUUCUUUGCUGGGUGUUUGGGUUCCUUAGUUACUCAGUCUCCACAGUGUAACUCUCCCAAUUAUCUUUCUGUGGGCCCAACAUCAUUGAUCACUUUGUGUGUGACAUGGACCCACUGAUGUCUCUGUCCUGUGCCCCAGCUCCUACUACUGAGAUUGUCUUCUAUAUCCUGAGCUCCCUCAUUAUGAUCCUCACCCUUCUAUACAUCCUUGGCUCUUAUACCCUUUUACUGAUAACUGCGUUAAAAGUUCCUUCAGCAGCUGGUAGGCAAAAGGUCUUUCCCACCUGUGGAUCUCAUCUGACAGUGGUCUGUCUAUUCUUUGGGGCCCUCUUGGCAAUGUAUGUGAGCCCCACAUCUGAAAACCCAGCUGAACUUCAGAAGAUUAUUACUUUGUUCUAUUCUGUGGUCACUCCCUUCUUAAAUCCUCUGAUUUACAGCUUACGUAACAAGGAGAUGAAGGCCGCAUUGAAGAAAGUCUUGAGGAUAGAAUGAGCAUAAUCUAUGUGAGACCAAGCAGACCACUGUCCACACAAAAAGGAUCACUUAAGAAAGACUUGAUUUCAGCUGCCAAUGCACACUUUAAAGAAAAUAUUUUCUCAGUGGGGCCCUUCAUUGACUUAUUCUUCAGCUAACCAGGAAGAGGUAUAUUAUAAUUGACUUAAAUGUAACAGCUAUAUUUUCAACAUGGGCAAUCCCAGUAGAUUUAAGGGCAUUAUAUCUGUGGUAUUUCUCAAUGUAUUAGCUUUGAUUACUGGGGGGAUUGGGUGUAGAAGGUUGCAGAGCCGUUAUCCCAGGUGGAUCAUCAUUGGUGUACUCAAGGCAUUUCAUAACACAGUCUAAUAUUUUAAAAAAUGAAUUUGAAAGAAAUUUUAAUCCCUAAUGACUACAGAACUAAAAGAGUUAGUAACAGAACAGCUUUCUAAUUUCCUUGCUUCUUGAUGGUUGAGAGCCUUCCAGACUAGGGACAAACUGAAAGUUUCAUGCUUAUAUAAGUAGUAAAUGUUUUAACAUUAGAAAAAGUAGUAGUCAUUCUUUCAUUGGACAACAAAUACUAUUGGGCAACUAGUAUGUUCCAGGCAUUCUUCUAGGCACUAGAGAGACGCUAUAACCAAAAUGGUCAAAAACCAAUACCAACACGGAGUUUGCAUUCUAGUUGCAGAGAGAGAAACAAUAAAUAAGUAAAAUACACAGCACGUCAGAGAGAGGUAAGUGCUAUGGAGAAAGGG